CACGACCCGAAAGAAAAACACGCUCUUGUAGUUUAACAUCGUCAUACUUUCGCUCAUUAAUCAACUUUUUUCAUGGCAUACAAAAAAGACUCAUUAUUGUGGAAGCGAGAAGAUUUUAAAAGGUAUCUCGAAAAAACUGGAGUCCUUGACACCCUGACGAACGCAAUGACGGCACUUUACCGCGAGGAUGAAAAACCAGACAAUGCUUUGGAUUUUUUGAAGCGCCAGAUCAUCGCACAGGAAAAUGAGGUUCUUGUCUCUGAAAAAGCUGAACUGCAGCAAAAGUUUCAGCUUCUCACAGAAGAGAACCAGCAGCUAAAGAGCAAGUUGAUGCUGUACGAGCCAUCAGCUCAAUCUGUGAUGUAGGGAUUUGCUUUUCCUCCAAAGACUUUCCAUACAUGGAGUCGUAUAAAAAAAACAGCUUUUAUUACGAAUAGAAUUGAUUUAUUUUCUCAGUAAAUAUGUACAAUAAACAUUAACUGCUUUUAAGUCAUGGAAAGAAAGUUGUGUCAUUUCUG